AAGCGAAGUAGUGCCGAAGAAGAAGAAUUACCGCAACCGCUGCCAGUGUGUUUCAGUGUGUAUUUGUGCGUAAAUGAAAGGGCGCUAAUUUGAUGUUAAAAAUGAUGUUUCUUCCCAAAUUCCUUUUGCUGACCUUGUUGGCUUUCCCAGUGCACGUCGUAUUCAGGGCGCCGCUGGUGGGAGCCGAGGUUCCGAGCGAGGAUGAUGACAUGGACGUGAUGGAGAUGGAGGAAGACAUCGUCGACGACGUGACGGCGGAUGAUGUCACGGCGGACGAUGAAGACGACGAAGCUGAAGUCGAAGAUGACGAGCACACGGAACUGAUGGAAGAAAAGGAGACGGAAGAAGAGGAGGAAGCGUUGGUCGGGGAGGUGAAGGCGUCUCCUUACGCGGACACCACCAUCCUGUUUGUUAAAGGAGAAGACUUCCCGGCCAACGACGUCGUCAAGUUCCUGCUGGGCUUCACUAACAGAGGUUUCGAGGACUUUGUGGUGGAUUCCCUGGAUGCUUCGUUCCGAUAUCCGCAGGACUACCAGUUCCACAUCCAGAACUUCACGGCACUCCAACUGAGCACUGCGGUGCCGUCCGGGCGCCAGGCCACCUUUGAGUAUUCUUUCGUCCCAGCGGAGCCCAUGGGUGGGCGCCCCUUCGGCCUCGUCAUCAACCUCAACUACAAGGAUGCCAACGGUAAUAUCUUCCAGGAAGCCGUCUUCAACCAGACGGUCACCAUCACUGAGAAGGAGGACGGGCUUGACGGAGAGACCAUCUUCAUGUACAUCUUCCUGUCCGGCCUGGGCCUGCUCGUCGUCGUCGGGCUUCACCAGCUGCUGGAGUCCAGAAAGAGGCGGCGUCCCGCUCCAAAAGUGGAAAUGGGAACCUCGAGUCACAACAACGUGGAUCUCAGCUGGAUCCCGCAAGAAACUCUCAACCAGAUGAUGCAGAGUCGCAGAGAUAAAGCGUCGCCCAGAAGGUCUCCGCGCAAACGCAACCACAAGCGCUCGGCGGGAUCUGACGAGUGACCAGCGUGCCAAGACGUCAAGGGCGAGGACGGCAAGGCCUUGCGCCGUCGCCGGCUGAGGAUGAUAACCGAGAGUGCCAUUGCGCUGAACUUGCCCUCCCCCCCCCCCUUCUCUUUUUCCCUUUUUUUUUUUCUUCUCUUCUCAAGAAACUUAAGAUGCUGAACUCUCUUCCACACGACACCCAGAUUGAGCAGGACGAUUGUGUUGACACUGAUGAUGAGCAAGUUGAUUUUUGAAGACAUUUAACUGCUGAAGCCACUGUAGUGAAGCGCUGAAACUGAGACUAUAAGAUUGGAAAACAGUAAGCCAGAAAUGUACAUCAUUAAAGUUAUUGUAAUUUCCUCAAAUAUGGAGUCUACUUCUGACAAGUUGAACGGUUAAACUCAGGUUUGAAGAUAUUAAAAUACCCUCAGUUCCCCCAUUAAUUAAUCAACCCGCCAGGCACAUUUAUGAGAAACUUGACCGAAAUUUAGCGGACAUGUUCCGAAGUCUUGUUUGCAGCUCUCCACUAGAGUGUCAAAUAAAAAGAAACACUUGUUUUCUGAAACGUUUGUGUGAUGCACUGAUGACUCGACAAGUUGAAAAGGAUGAUGAUGAAGACGAUAAUAUGAAAUUUUCAUUGGUUUACAGACCUGCGCGUCUGCUAAUUUAUUGGAAAGACAUUUCUGGUGUGGGUGUAAUGUUUGUUUCACCACUGGGAGGCGACACUGCUGUCGUAUGUUUUUGUCAGAAGACAAGUGAGAAAUGAACUUUGACCUUUAUGUCAAGGGCUAUUACGUUCAUUGAUUUUUUUAUUUGCUUUUUAAUGUCCAGCAAAUAAAUGUUUAUUUGCA